CUGUUCGUUUCAAUAUGGCGAUGGUUAGUUGCUUAUCGUUAGUGCUUCGAAGGUCUCUUUACUUAUCAUGAAUUUCCUGAUAUUCUUUUGUAUUUCUUUGUAUAAUUUUGAUACAAAACCUUGAUAUUCGUAUGAUUAUCUGCAGCACAGUAGUUUCGGCAAUUGUCGUCCUACUAAGCCAAAGAAGAAUUGCUGCCAAGAUAGUUUCUUGUUAUUUCACUGCAUACCAACCACGUUUAUAAAUAUUUCGCCCGAGAAGAUUGGAAUUCCGUUAACAAUUUUGGAUUAAUUGACUUUUAAACAUCAUUUGAGAGAUUUUUAUUGUUCAUUAUAAUGGCCACAUUAAUGCAUGAACAUCAACAAAUGUUUUAAAUUUAUCAGAUCCUUUUUGGAAGUCAAACAAGUAAAACAUAGCUCUGAUUAUAAUAAGAUCAUGUAUUCAUGUUCCAUCUAAAUAGGAGAAUUUAAUUAAAUAUAAUAAUUAAUGAUAUUUAAUAUCAUAUUUUUGAGGCUAUGUUGCCAAGAAUAAUUUUAAACAUUAUAUAGACAAGAUAAAUCGUAAUAAAUUAUUAAAACAAUUUGAUGUACAACAACAUUUCAUUAUUCUAACACAUCAUAAUUUAUAUACUUAAAAAUCUCGGUAAAAUGGCUGAAACGCAAAGAAUACCUGUAUAUGGUACGCGUCCUCCUUGUGCUACUGGCAAUCGUUUAGAAGAGCGUCACGCUAAAAGAGCAGCCUUAAGAUUAGAAAGAAAUCGGAAACCGGAUAAGCCCGAAGAUUUUGUCUGUUACGAAUCGAGCGACGAUGAAGCAGACUCCAUAUGUGAAGGAGUACAGUACCUAAAAACUUCUUUUAAUUUUGUGGAUUAUGUGCGUGCUAGAGAAACAAAUACAAGAGAAGUUCGAAAAAUUAAUCAAGAAUAUGGAUUUCGACAUAUAUUAACUCAUGAUUUAUAUAAAGAAUAUUCGGUUAGCUUAAAUAAUAUGAAUAAAGUUUUUUGUUCUCAAUGGUUAAGCGAUAGACAAGUAGUAUUUGGAACGAAAUGCAACAAAUUGAUGGUUUAUGAUGUAGCAACACAGAAAUUAGAUCAAAUACCAUCUCUGCAUGGAAGACAAAUUAAUUCAGGAGGUAGUGUUGUACCGGAUCAGCAAUGCGGUAUACAUUCUGUUCAAAUAAAUCCUUCUAGAACUCUUUUAUCAACUGGAGCAAGAAAUAGUACCGAAAUUGCGAUAUAUAGGUUACCUACUCUUGAUCCAGUUUGUGUAGGAGAAGAAGGUCAUAGAGACUGGGUCUUUGAUAUGUGUUGGUUAGAUGAUGAGUUUUUAGUUUCUGGUGCUAGGGAUACCAAAAUGGCUUUAUGGCAUAUAGACAGUGACCUUGCAGAAGCCCCUGAUAAAGCAGAUGUGCCAACACAUAGGUUGAUUCGGCCCGUGUGCGUCAAGGAAUGUAGAUCAGCGCAAAAAGUACGAGCACUUGCUUUUAAUAGGACAUAUAAAGAAAUUGCUGCUCUUACUUUGAAUAGUUUUAUACACAUAUGGUCUGCUGAGACUUUCAGACAAAAAAUAUCUAGAAAACUACCAGCCUGUCAAGAAAAUGUUUGUCUUGCUGUACAAGAUGAUGGUGUUUAUGCAGUAGGAUGUCGUUCUUAUACUUUACUUCUCGAUGCAAGAACUCUGCAGCCAAUUAAAAAAAUACCUUCACGAUAUAGCGGUUGUGGUAUCCGAUCGGCUAGCUUUCAAGGUUCUGUUCUGACUAUUGGAACUGGUUUAGGAAUGUUAAUGUUUUACGACGUUAGAGCGCAAAAGUAUCUGGAGUCUUCGAUUAAUUCUAACAGAACUGUAGUACUCAAAGCUUCAAAGGGAUACGUGUUUCCAGAUGAAGAGUACAUCGAUGGAUUCCAAAAUGUGAAGUAUACACCUGCUAUAUAUACUCAUUGCUACGACGGAUCCGGGACGCGGUUAUUUACAGCUGGUGGACCACUUCCUGUAAAUCUUUAUGGUAACUAUGCAGGAUUAUGGCAAUAAAGUUAAUUUUAGCCGAAUGAAGAGCCGCAUCGAUUUUUACGUAAGUAAUUAUAAGUUGUACAUUUAAAUAUGCAUAAUCAAGAUUUUAUCUAAAAUGGUAUAUACACCUCUUCUAGAGUUAAGAAACAUUUUCUGAUUACAGUAAUCAUGUACUUUCAUACUUCUUACAUAAUUUUGCCUUUCUUCUAUUUAUUAAAAUUUAGAAAAAAAUAACAACACACUCGUCAGAAAUUUUUAUACCUCAUACAUAAAUGAGAUAAUAGAAAAAUGUAAUAAGAAAAUGAAUUUCAAAGGUGUAUAUAUCUCGACUGCCUCGAUUGCUUUAUUAAGCAAUCGUAUUAGUGUAUGUUUAUACAUUAACGCGAAGGAAUGAUGAUUUAAGAACGAUAUAAUUUAUAUUUAUGACCUUACCACGCCAUUAUGAAGGUGUUAAUUUAAUUUGAUUCAUCAUUUAACAUAAAAUUUUGCACCGAUAUUAGUCAUUAUGUAUGAAAUUUAAUGAACUUUUGAAUGAGGAUCUCUUUUAUGGUAUAAUACAAAUAAUUUCUGAAGAACAUGUUUUCAUAUGUUAUGAUUAUAUACAUAGUGUGAUUUUAAAUGUAUUCUUUAUAACUUGGGUUGGAAAUGAUAAUCUAAGAAGUAGUCAACGAAUAACACUGCAAUGAACAUUAAGUUUUAUCAGAUACAAUUUAUCAAGUUGAAAUUUUAAUACUGGCCUUAAAAGAACAAUAUACAAUAAGUAUGUUACAAAAGUUUAUUUUAGGGAAAACAAUAACUGUUUCAAAUCUUUAUAAUGUAUUUCUGUAUUAAAUAGUUGAGUCUCAAACAUUUACAACUUUGAUCAAUGCAUGAACUACUAAAUAAUAUUUUUCGAAUGUACACAGUGGUUAUUAUUUUGUUGAAUCAAAAUUUAUUAAGAAAGAAAUAAUCUAUCAUCGUGUAUUCAUUUUCUUUUAAUACAAUUUUGUUAUUAACAUGGUCACAAACAUCAAAUCUUAAACUUAUUAACUGUAAGAAUUAGUCCUUGAGAAAAUACUCCACAAAUUUGAUCAGAUUCAUUACCUCUGUGUUAUAUAGAAUUUGAUGAAAUUGAAGUAUUAGGGAAUAAAAACUGUGUGCAUUUAUCAAUGAAAUUUUAUAAUUAUGUGCAGCCAUUUAAAAGUUGAAACAAAUAGAUUUACAUGUAAUUUUUACACUACAAAUUUUGGUGUACUUAAGUGAUAAAGUUCACCAUUAUGUUAAUCAUUGUCUUAUACAUUGAAUUCAUUGAUGCAGCAAUGAUGUAAGUGCAUUUUCAAUGCUUAGAAUAGAACAACAUUUUUGGGGAUUGAAAAGUUGUUGAGAAGUAAACAAUAAGUAACUGGAUUAUCAAUGUGUCGUGGUGAAUAUAUGAUAACAAAAUAUAUUCUAGGUACUUGUAUAGUGUCGAACGAAGUAGAUUUCUCUAAGGAAAAUUACGAUACAGGGAAAGUAGGAAACCUGGGAUAUCGUCAUUUUCUCUGGGAAAACCUGCCAUAUUCGGUACUGUACACCAACAGAUUACAAAUUGUUGGCAUAUAUUCAUAAAGUCAUUACAUUAUAUAAUAAGUAAAAAUGUGUGUUGUAUUUAUAAAUCCAUGAUUAAACUAUACAAAACAUAUAUGUGAUGAUACAUAAUGAACGAAUACAUUGAAUGCAUUUUAAUAUGGACUAUCACAUCUACUUUUAUUAUAAAUAUUGAGAACAAAAAACUAUAACAAAUAAUUCUGUCUUUAAUGCCUGCCAUAAUUUUAUCCAUUUAGGCUCUCAACGAUAAUUGUUAAAUUUAUUUCAAGUUCAUUGCUUUCAUAUGAAAUCUUUUUAAGUGAUACUAUUUUCUAUACACAAUUUGAUGUCCAUUUUAAAACGUCCUAAUUUUUUCGUACUAAUAUCACAAACAAUAAAAUCUAAGUAUCACAUAUUUUAUCUUAUAUAAUGCAAUAGGAAAGGUGUAAAAUAAAUAAUUUUUAUACUUGAAGUAUAUGUAUAAGUUAUAAAACAAUUUUCUGCAGUUAUAAUGGCUGCAUUACUGUAGUAAAAAGAAAAGCUAUUCUCUCGUGUAUUAAUGCUUACCAUAAGAAUAUUAGAGAAAAAUUUUUGUAAGAAAUCAUGUGUAACUUCAGAAUAUUUGUCCUUGUAUUUCUUAACAGAUUUUUCUUCUAUUUUUUAAAGAAGAACGUGUUAUAUGUAUUUUUCUUUUUUUUUUUCCUUUUCGUUAUAAAAGUACAUAAUUUAAUUUGUUAUUCUGUAUGGUUGUGUUCCUAGAUCUAUAAUAAAAUGUUAUUACAAAAGUAUUUAUCAUCUGUGUUAAGAAUAGAGGGACAAUGUAACGAGUAACCUUUUAAGUUCUUUUUAAAUAUUUUGUUUCAAAAAUUUACAAUAUAUUUAAUUGUUAGAAAAAAGAUAUCCAGUGCAAGUAAUACGUGAGAAGAAAUUUAUGAUAAGUUUACAGUCAGCUCAAUGUUUGUUACAUUUCAUCAACUUAUUGUAACAACAAACUUUUUAAACAAAUAUAUACAAAAUUUUGUUAGAACCAAUUACAAAAUUGAAUUGUAUUUAUUUCUUAAAAAGUGUUUGUUUGACACGUGAAAUGGUAAAUGUUUCUCAGAGAUAGGAUUAUUUGGACGGUAAACGUACACCUUGCAAUAUUGUAAUUUUAUGUGUGUGCGAAUGUGUUAAGUAAUUAAUGUAAAUAAACAUGCCAAGAUUGAAAUUGUAUUUAUCAAUUCUUCUAACUGAGAGAAGAGGUAAUAACAACGCUUAGAGAACAAAAUACAAAAGAGAAGGAAAGAUUAGUCUCCUUAUAAAUAAUUUAUUAAUGGUAUAUUGAUACAAUAUUUUUAUUUUCAUUUAGAAUCGUCACGAAGAACGUGUAAAAUGUGUAUAAUCCAUACAAAACAUGUGAUGUGAAUGUUUUUCAAUUCAGGCUUAGCCGUGACUACAUUAGAUAUGUUGUGUUUUAUUAUGUGUGUUUGACAAUGUACCGAGGCUCAGCUUGAAUAAAAACACGGAGGUCAAUUUUGCCCCGUGUAUACACGUCCGACACGUGAAGAGGGCCAUACCUCUUUGACGAGCAGAAGAUGGAACCUUUGAAAGGCAUCUUCUUUUCGGGGCACGUGUCUAUUAUUAGCGUGAUUUUAACGAUAAUAAAUUGCUUCUUUCACGCGUCAUUCUGUUGGAACUAAUGAGUUGUUAUUUUACCACCAUUACUAUAAACGCCCUUGGCCUGAGGGCAUAAAUAAGCUCAUUUCUCCUUUUUCAUUUUUUGGUAUAAUUGGUACCCUAACACACGAGUAUCGUAAAUAAAUAUACACCGAUCGUACAAUAUACAUUCUGAAAAUAAAUAGAGUAUUUCACAAUUAUUGCAUAAAUUGGUGAGCAUUUGUUGGUAUCUUAAAAUUUCUCUUCUUCCAUUUGAAAACAAUAAUUAUCGGUACUUUUUCUUUACAGAUAAUUAUAAGUAACUGUACUACACGUGGAAAGAAACUCCUCAUCAUCUUUCCUUAAUCAUUAGCAAGUACGUCAACUUUACUUUAUACUCUUCCCUUCCUCAUCCUUCUUUCUUUCUUUCAGUUGAUCACGUAGAAGUAACGCAUUUGAAAAGAAUCAAAGAUGCCCAGCAUCCAAGGCCUUAUUUAUAUCACUGACUAGCAUCCCCAGGAUAGGUCUGAGUUCGGAGUCUUGCCUGAAAACCGAGUCGAGGAAGUCGGAAUGCGUCAAGAAAUCGAACACCUGGUCGCAUCUGUCCUGAGAUUUAUCCGUGAGGUGUGGUUUAAUGAGCGUUUGUAUCGCGGUUCGGCAACGUUCCAACGAUUUAAUUAAAUACGCCCUAUCAAAACUGAACUCCAGCUCGUAAAACGACACCACGGACAUCGCCACGGCUCGGAGAGUGGUCCUUAUUUCGGCGAGUUUCGCAUCAUCGGCGGCGUUCAAUUGUUGAUUACGUUGCAGAAGACCGAUCUGUAAGAACCGUAGUCGAAGAAAGGAAGAAAAUAUUGAAAAGAAGGCUCGUUGAAAACUGCAAGAAUUUUCAUAUCCGUGUCAAGAGUCGACUCGAGGCUAACGUACCUUGAUGGACAGCUUAACGAUGUUCUUCAAAACCUUUUCAGGCUGCUUUUUGUCCAAGUUCGGGUUAGCUUUAGCAGCCCGUUCCAUGAGUUUGUAAAGAUUGUCUAAAAGCGACGUGGUGGCGUCGUCUAUCAGAAGCGAUCUUCCGGCCCCUGUUGAUACCACUCGGCCGAGCAGUUUUUUCUGGGCACGAAGACCUAAAUCACGAGCCCGACUUCCGGUGCCGCCGGCUGGAUAAGAUCCGCCGUUCAGUGUAGCCGCCGACUGCAUCACUAGAAAGAAAUUCCACAUUCACUCGAGAUACCCGCUCGAAUAAUCGACCCUCUGUUUGGUCGAGGGAAUCGUCGGCAGAUGUAUCUCGAGGCUUUUCAACUGAUACAAUAUAAAAAUAGCCAUCACCGGUUACGAUACAUAACGAUACAUCGUUAAAGCAUAAUGUUAUGAAUAAUCAUCGGAACUUACCGUCAAACAUUGGUGGUCUGCUGUUUCCUCUAGGCGAUAACGGGAUUGUGAGUGAAAUAAAGAAAUGCUCGAUGAGCACGCUCGGAACUCAGGCAAAAGUAACUAAAAUAAACCAUGGAUAGAAAACGAAUGAAUUAAUGUUUGCGGAGAAAAUAUAAGAACGACGAAUGUGUACGAUGAUGAAAGUAACGAGGCAACGUAAGGCAGCGAUCGUCGAGCGACGCGGACGCACCGAGUUUCUUGGUGUUGAUGUUCUCGUUCAUGGGAAUGAAUCAGAGCAUUAUACAGUUAACAUUUGUAUACCUUGAUUACAGUCGGUUACGGCUACAAGAUGAUAGAGCAGCCAGCUCUGCAAUUCCAUCACUGCCGUACCCCACGCCACCUGAAAAAACACAUUACCGAGAAACGUUAGGAUUUCCUCGUGGCUGUUUCAAAUUGUACGCGAGUUAAUUUUAUCCAUGCAAUUAAACAUUCCGCUACCAUAAACGAUUACAUUCUCGCUUCCCUAUGAAUUAGCAUAUUUUUUUUCGUGUACCUAACACCAGUUACACGAAACGCUUCGCAUAAGAAGCGUAAUCGUAUGGUAGUUGGAUCGAUUUGUAAGGAGCGUCAAGGCAAGCGAGAGACUCUCGUUCUUUCAUUUGUUCAAGUAAUAAGGGCAAAUGGAAACGGUUCGGACCUAGUCCCGAUACAGCCGGCCAUAGUGUAUUUCGAGAACGUGACGAACAUCGAUAUCGGUCGGAGUGUCAGGCAUUUCAAAAUUUCCCGUCGUUUCAUCCGAUUGCGAAUCUUCAAGGACUUACUCCAACGUCCCAACAAUCACCCGACACUCGACGACCAUCGGUGAUCCCAUUAAACGCUCUCCAACUAUCAAAACCAUUUCAUCUAUAUUGCGGUCAGUUCAGCUACUCGUGUAAUUGCGAGCUACCGAAUUCCAUUUAGGGGAAAAUUAGUUGAGAGCAAAGUGUGUACGUCGAGUGUUAAGUCAUCACUCGAUAUCGUUCUAAUUAGACGUUACCUACAUACCAUUCAUUUGUAUACAUUACGGGGUUACGCAAGCACGAGCUGCAUUCCUAAUGUUUCCAUCUACAUGAACGAAAUUCAAUUCCGUUACCGGCAAAGGGUUGACGUAAUUGACGUUCUACCAUGUCGAGACACUGGAAAGUUGUACGAGAGAACAGGUGAUCGAUCGUACAGCUUUCGCUCUCUUUACUUUAGCGGUUUCCCAAUUUGUAAUCGAUCAUCGAGUAGCUACGUUUCCCAGUUACCUGCUUGCUCGAGUAUCCGUUAUUAACCCUUUCGCUGACAUGCGAAUUUUUGAACUUGCACCAGUGGGCCAUAAUAGAAAUUUCAUAUUAAAAAUUUUAUAAUGGCAAAGAACUGCGAAAUGUAUUAAAAUAACGGUAUAAUCUUACCAAUAGCGUAUUUUUCUUUCAUUUGGGCAUCGGUGACCACCAUGACCCAAAUGAAAAGACAAGCGCCGGUCCCAUGGGACCACCCUGGCAGCGAAAGGGUUAAAGCAACCUAACCGAUCCCCUGUUAACUAGGAUUGUAAAACUUCGGAUCGUUGGAGUGUUUGAAUAAUUCAGAUGAUUGGAACGAAGACGUAUUUUCUUCAAGGGUUAAUGUAUACAUAUGCAUUGAACUUAUAAAGAAAGUAGUAGUGAUUUAGAUCAACUGAUGCAGUUAGAAAGUAGCGAUGCUUGGUAAACCGAGAAAUUAGGUUUUUCAGAAACUUCGAGCCAGUCAAUUUUAAAGUUUUUCGCUUAUCGUUUUGCAAACUUUAUUAACAUAAUCGUUGAUCUGAAAAGAAAACAGCUAAAUUGGUACAACGUAGCUGACUGUAUACUUAUUUUGAAGGCUAUCAUGGAUGAAGUUUCACAGUAAUCAUUGCAACCCCUGUAAAUAUUAAUUUUCUUUUUUAAUUUUUCAAUUAACAUUAAAUAAAAAAUUACUGGGAUGAAAUUACUGGGAAUACUCGGUGCUGUUAAGCUUUCAGACGUUUUUCAAACCUUUUUUAUUAAUUGAAUUUUCCAAUUUGUUCUACAAAUUCUUUCAUCGGUAUCAACCGUCGCGUUAACAUGAUUUCUAUAAUUGGAGUACAUUUUCUAAAGUGCUCUACUUUCUUUUAUUUAAAUUCGAUAACAAUGCUCUUCGCAAUGAGAAUUUUUCAAUUUUUAUUGUUCCCACGCAUUUGUCACAAUUAACGGAAUUGUCAUCAUUUCCCGGUAAACAUCUCACUGUUCCCUGAAUUCUAUUCAAGCGGAUCGUGGAAAAUUGGAUUGCAUAAAACUGUAUGUCAGUGACGAGUGAAACUUACCGGCCUUCCGGUACGGCUAAAGCGGGUCAAAAGAUUUCAUUCUUAUAUUUAUCUGUGUGAGAUGAUCAAUCUUGUGAAAUUCCCGCCUUUUUAUCUUCCUUCCGUCUUUCAUUGUUGUAAUAUUAAACGUAUAUUUAAAAAGAAAAAAAUCACUUCCGGUUGGCUGUCGUGAGUCAACCGUGACUAAUACAUUAAACAUACCGAUACAACGAGCCAGUGAAUUACUUUCAAGAUAAAUUAUAGACUGAUCGAUGAUCCAUAUUUCUUAACAUUAUUUAUUUCUUUCUAAAUUAAAUGGAUUAACGCUAACAUUUUAUAAGUUGAUACUAAUUUAAAGAUUAAAAGGAGUGACCGUUACUUUCAAUUUUAUUUUAAUUACGGCGCACCUAACUUUCAUUAUUUUACCGGAGUCGCAGGUGAAUCGAUAGUAAUUAAAGGUUUAUUAAUUGGUUUCUAGUCAAUAAUCGAUAGCAUGGAAAAGUUUAUUAAUAGACUUCCGUUAUUAUAGACUUCGCUGUGUGUUACACACGUUUGUUACACCUCGAGAAAUGCAAUGAUGUUUAUACGAACAUAAGUAUAGUUUAAACUCGAGGCUCGUCAUUUCUAUAAUUAGUUAUCUGGCUUGUAUUAUCACGAUAGGUGGAAGGACGUCGUUAAUGACCCAAGUUCCUUGAAUUAUACGCGAAUGUAAUUUUUAUUAACUUCAACAUUGCGUGUACAGAGUUUCUUGCAUUUUGCAUUGAAUUUAGAAAGGCAGUAUCUGCACGCGAUCAAAUCUACGAAAUAGAAUUCAGUGAACAAAUCGAUUCUUAGGAAAAUACAGCAGAUCUAAAAUUUUUACUUUCCUCUAGUUGCAGAAAGCAACCAAAUCUUUGGUAACUCUACUGGGGAUCAUUUUGAAUCGGUAAUCAACCCUCAAAUUUCCCGCCCACUUUUUCUUCCCCUCAGUUUCCUUAACAUUUUUCAAAUCUACGAAAUAGAAUUCAGGAAACAAAUCGAUUCUUAGCUAACCGAAGCAAAUAUAAAAUUUUGACUUUCCUAUAACAGCAGAAAGCAACAAAAUCUUUGUUAAACCUACUGGGAACCAUUUUGAAUCGACAACCAACCCUUAACCCUGCCGCCCCUUUUUUCUCCCUCCCCAGUUUCCUUAACGUUUUUCUUUCUACAAUCGAAAAGAAGCAGCUGUCACCCCGACAGCUGUGCAACUGGCACGUACCACCUUGUUAAAUUGAGCAUCUUGUCUGAGAAUAUACCCACCACCUGCCCUUCGACCAACUACACGCGUGUACGCGCACAUCUUUUGCGCACGCAUGUAACACGCGCGUGGUCACACGGGCAAAGUUACGAGAGACGGAUUAUGCUUUCUUCGGUAAGGUCACGCGUUUGUCUGUUAAAAUACGACUUUCCAGGCGUACACGUGUUCCUUUCUGGUUAUCCCUAGCCGUCCUUUUUGGAUAUUGAUCCACGCGUGAUUCUUGCAUGCAAGUAACAAGGGCAAGGAUAAAGUGGUAUAGUUAACCCUUUCGUUGCCACGCGAAUUUUUGAACUUACACCAUUGGGCCAGAAAUUUCAUAUUAAAAAUUUUAUAAUGGCAAAGAAUUGCGAAAUAUAUUAAAAUAACGGUACAAUCUUGGCAAUAGCACAUUUUUCUUACAAUUAGUGGUGGACAUCGUUGACCACCAUGGCCCAAAUGAAAAGACAAGCGCCGGUCCCAUUAGACCAUCGUGGCAACGAAAGGGUUAAUCAAGGUUUCAAAUUCUUCACUGUAAUAAUAAUUUUUCAAUUUUUUUUUUUUAUUAGGAUGCGAAUGUUUGUACAUUUACAGUAUACUUAUGAAAUUGUAAAUUGAUUUACUUUAAUAAGAGCAUGCACGAGUAUCCGUCACUGAAGGGGAGGGCUUGAUCUUGAUUCAAUGAUGAUGCUGAUGAGGAUCACUUCACAUACUGAUUAAGCAUCCCUCGAUGCAGAAAAUUAAACUUACCUUAACUAUCUAAAUCACUACACACAUAGCCACGGAUAAUAUCUAUAUUUUUUAAUCGCAGUAGAUUAUAGUAUCAAGACUAAUAUCCACUGGCUUAAAGUUACUAGAAAAUAACUCCUUCGGUAUCAUCUUAUAAUAAAAUUCCUGUCCUGGCGUUCAGCAUAAACUAGCUUUUAUUUUUAUAUCCUUCGAAGCUCUAGAACAUAUUAUUGCCUCUCUUUCUGUUUUAAGCAGGUAGUUUAUUCAAGGUUGGAGACACGUUCGGCACGGAUGCGAGCUAUAGCAAUGUAAUUUUAAAUUAUAAUCCGUGCCACGAGCCGUUGCGAAUAGUAUAUUUUUCAUCGAUACAUUAAUUCGUUAAAAAUAUCGAGUUAAAUUAAUUUUUAAACGAUUCUAGGUGAAUGAAAAUGCAGCACGCAUCGUCGUGCACAAUAGUGAAGAUAAUUGGUCACUGUAACGCGAAUCAACUCGUUAAAUACCGUGAAUGAAUUUACCGCCAGAGUUGAUGAGCGCGUAUAUACGCAGAGCUGUCCCUAGAGUUUACGGGGCCCGGGUAAAAGUCGGUAAAAUGCGCGUACGUAUAAAACUUUACGAUAAAUUCAUAGCCGAGUCUGCACAUGUGAGAUGAACUCGCAGAGAUGAAAAUCAAUCGUGAAAAUGCGGGCGGGCCGGCCGUAGUUUUAAUGGUAAUUAAAAACAGGCGGUGAGCGCGAGCUGCGCAACAGUCUCGUUCAUUGCUCGGUUAACGUUACCUAUUUACAGGCCACGUUCCACGGACGAGCAAAAGCACGUUUAUACGUCGAGUCGGAAAAACUGUUUACUCGACGUUUAUCCAUCUUUUUUGUUUUUUAUUUGUCACCGUCGGAUGUACGCGACCGCGCGAGUGAAAAUCAUGUACCGUGGAAAAUUUCACGCUGUACUGAUAAUCGAUUAAUUCGCGAUACCUCGGGAGAAAGGCUUUGGCCGUUGUUUCUAAAUAUACACGACAUACCCACGAUACUCUGUUGAUAUCUAUUACUUUCAGUACAUACUGACGAAUAAUACACAUGUAACGAAUUAAGUUACACGCAUCCGUUCGGCCAUGACUAAGUGACGCAAUUAAACGGACUCGUCGGUUUUGCGAAACUCUUGUUUCCUCAACGCAAGGAUUUUGAUGUCAUGCAAUAGAUCACAUGACAACUUAAUCAUAUUCAUAAGAUCAAAUUUAAUCAUAACUUAUUUUAAUCAAAGGAGAGUUAUCUAUUGGCGCGGUAGUAUUGAUAAUUUAAUACGUGGAAAUUGCAUAUCCAGUAUACAGUAGUUUUUACCUUUCCAGUGAAAGUGGUAUAUUGGAGUAAAAUGUAUGGUGAGACAAAGUUUCUUUGAUUACGCGUAUCUAUCUGACAAUACUCAUCUCGAAUACCAUUCAAAUGAUUAUUGAGUUAUUUCUAAUAACGUAAAAUUAAUUUUACUUAUGUCAGAGUAAUUUAAAUUUUAGGCGCGCACUAACCUCUGCUGAUGAGCUGGGUCGCGUUCGCGACCCUAACAGUCGACAAUGAAAUUUCUCUUUUCCAACAAUUAGAGAAUGGAUAUAUUGUUCUGUUGAUAUCUUCGCGUUUCACUUCGAACUAAAUUUCACUGAUAUAACAGAACUGUCAGAAACGUUAAUCGACGCGAUACACAAAUUUUCGAAAUAAAUGAAAAUUAACACCGGCAACAACUGAACACGCUCUCGUGAGUAUCACUGCCUUCUCCAACGAACAAACGUCAUCUGUUGUGGUCUGCGAACCCACCCCGGUUACCAUGGAAUCAUCGCUCCGCGAGGUGGGGCGCAUGUGGCAGCUACGCUCGGGCAACUUCACAGCGUCAAGAAGUUUUCUUCCUCGCAGUACGCGCUCGAUCGUCGAAGGGGUGGUUUAUAUCAUGGAUACGAAAAAAUACGACAUGGUCGUAUUUCUCAAUUUAACGGUAGUAACACCAACAAUUAUAUCAAUUGAUCUUUUAACACUUCAAUUUUGUUUUAUUUUUAUAAUCAGGGCCGGCCCUGAGAUUUCAGGGAUUCGAGACGAGCUGUGAAAAAAGUACCUUAAAUAAAAUUUAUAAAAUUAACAUUAAAGCUAUGGAGGCCCUAGGCGGCCGCCUAGUCUGCCUAGGCCCAUGGCCGGCUCUACUUGUAAUGUCUGGGAAAACUGUUUUGGUACAUUAAUAAAAGGCACAAUUAUAAACACUUAUUAUAUAUAUAUAGUUUUUAUUAGAACUUUUAAAAUUUGUAUAUAAUAAUACUUUUGAUGCAUUCGAAUUAUACUAUUAUGUAUUCUCCGUUUUCACUUUUAAUAUGGGCUUCAAUACAUUUUCAACGAGUAUCUCGAUUUCAACGAAAUCAUUAUUAACGUAUCUUGAAAUCAUAAUAAUCUCGUUAAUUGACCUCUUUAGAAUAACCGUUCUUGCUACAGAGAAUCUAUGAGAGCUGUACAAAUAUAAUUCAUGACAAAAUGCAAAAAUGUUAUUUCUUUCGUUAUUUUUUGCUCUGUGCGUUUGAUAUGAUAUUCAGUUGUUGCAAAUACUUCAUAUAAAUAUUAAUUGCAUUACCAUACUUCAUGAAUUUUUAAUAAAUGUUUAUAUGCUCGAUCAGAAAUAUUAAGUGCAGCAUUCAUCAUACAUAAACCAGUCUCUCCUAACAAACUUAAACCACAUAAACCUAAAAAAAAAAAAAUAAAUGUAUCUAUUACAUAUGCGCUACAAAUGUUUAUAUGUGCUAGUUCUGUAUGUUACAUACCUAAGUAUGUAUGGAGAGGAUCUGGUAGACAAUUGGCAAACUUAGCAAAUCCUCCAACAAUUGUAUCUUGAGUAUUGAGAAGGAAUGCUCUAUUUUCAUCAGGAUCCGAUAAUUUGUUAACAUCAAGUAUUUGUAGGGUUGCACCCACCCAGAAACUAUAACAAGUAUCGGAUGGUUUUCCAGGACGUCCAUGAAAGCCACUAUCUUGUCUCAACAGACACCAUCUUCUUAAUUUGUUCAACUGAUCAUUUGUCAAUACAUUAUGAAGCUCGUUCAUGAGAAACAGACUAGCUACAGCACAGAAUGUAGAUCCUCCGUGUGAUUCUAGACCAGGUCCUUGACCCAUUGCUCCAUCAUAUGACUAUAAUCAUUGUUGAGAUAUUGUGCUAUGAUAAAAUUAGGUAGACAAAAGCCAUUUCUGUUAAUACUCUUUACAUGGCAUAGAAA